UGCCUCUGUCCUGCUCUGAGGGAUUCACAGAGUUGGGAUACUACAACGGCACCGUGUCCCAGACGGACUCUGGCGCCCCCUGUCUGAAGUGGACCGAGUUUCCAGACUAUGUAAUGCAGUACCCGGGCCGGGGGCUGGGGGACCACAGCUACUGCAGGAACCCCGACCGAGAGUCCAACCCCUGGUGCUUCUUCAGACAAAACUCUGGAGCCAUCGGAUGGGCCUACUGUGACUGCCACCAGGGUGCGGCGCGUCUGGUUGGCAGCUCGGCCUCUGGGAGUGGCCGUGUGGAGGUGUACCUGAAUGGCCAGUGGGGGGCGGUGUGUGACUCCCACUGGACCGACAGAGACGCCAGUGUCAUCUGCAGGCAGCUGGGCCUCGGGGACAUUGGAUCAGCGGUGCAACGCUCUCAGUUCGGCUCGGGCUCCGGCCUCUUCCAUUACGAGCGUCUGGGUUGCCGCGGCGACGAGAACACUCUGAGUACGUGCCGGAGCCGGACAUUCGUCACCGGCGACUGUAGCCAUGGAAACGAGGCAGCAGUAGUGUGUGCACCACCGGAAGGUCAGUGUGACUUCCACAGUGUAAUGGCAACCAGACCUGAAUACCCCCCCACCACACACUG